CAUAGCCAGUCAACUCACUAUACUUUUCUAACAUCACAAAACACUACCAACUAGUUAAUAACUAGAUUCUGCAAUGGCAGCGGAGGGCAUUGAAGAACUCCCUCGUUCUUAUCCUCAUCCUCCUCCCUCUGAUCUUCCACUGCCACCGCCACCUCCUUCUCAGCUUUCUUCCUGGAGAUACGAUGUUUUUCUCAGCUUUAGCGGUCAAGACACCCGCGAGAACUUCACUGACCAUCUCUACACUGGUCUAGUUGAGAGAGGCAUCAAGACAUAUAGAGAUGAUAAGAAACUAGCAAGGGGAAAUGUCAUUACCGCAACCCUUCUACGAGCAAUCGAGAGAUCGAGGAUGUCCAUCAUUGUUUUCUCCAAAAAUUAUGCUGCUUCGAGAUGGUGCUUGGAUGAGCUUGUAAAGAUUGUUAAAUGCAACAAGCUUACGGGACAUAUGAUUUUACCAGUUUUCUUGAAUGUAAAGCCAGAUCAUGUAUCUAAGCAAACUGGUGCUUAUAGGAAAGCUUUUAGAGAUCAUGAAAAGGAGUUCAAGAAGAAGAGGGUUGAUAAGUGGAGGAAUGCUCUUAAAAAGGUUACUGACGUAAGUGGAUGGGACAAGGACAAUUACAGAUCUGAGUCGAAGUUAAUCAAAAUAAUUGGACAUAAGAUAUUACGUAAACUGAGAAAAGCAGGCCCAAGUGUUGACAAGCAACUACACCAAUUGGAUUCCAAAGUAAAGGAAAUGAAUUUGAAGUUAUAUGAAGAGUUGGAUGAUAUUGGUACCAUAAGGUUCUGCGGGCUGCGGUGGGGCAGAAAAAUAUGGGAUAGUGCUCAAGAAAACAAUCUGACAAGGAAAAGGCAGCACUCCAAACAGGUUCAUGUAAUUGUUGAUGAAGUGUAUAAAUUAGAACAAUUGGUAUCUUUUUCUAGAAAGCAAGAUUGGUUUGGCCCUGGAAGCAGAAUCAUCAUAUCAUCUGGUGAUCCCAGUGAAAAUAUCAUGGAUGUUCUUCAUAUAAGUUUUGAUGGACCGACAGGUAGGGACAAGGUCAUUUUCUUGGACAUUGUGUGUUUCUUCAAAGAGAUGAAUGAAGAUCAUACAAUGAGAAUUAAGAAGCUACUAUUUGGUGGUGGCUUGCACAUAAGCAAUAUUGGCACAAAGGUUCUUAUUGAUACAUUUACAAUAACCAUUUCUGAUGAUCACAAUCUCUUGAUCCACGACAGAAGACACAACAUGCUGGAAAUAAGGGAGAUUGAUGGAUUGACAUGGAAAGUUUUCCCUUCAAAACCUAAGUCUACCAAAGGCACAAACAGUUUAGAGCCACAAUCAAAUGGUGCCCCACUAACUCAAGUCUCCAAGCCUCGAUCGGAAGUGGAAGAUAGUACGGAACCAUCUAAGACAGAAGCUACUCCACUGAAAGAAACCUUCUUCCUGCACAAAUUUCAAAAGGAGCCAACAACACCUGAAACCGGAAUACUAUCGGUUCCUGAAACUCUCGUGAGUUUGCAGCAAAUUCCAGUAGGAGAUGAAAUUGAAGCAAUAAAGGCAAAAACACAUGUCUAUGCAAAUGCGACACCUGCACAGGCUGAAAAAGAGGCAGAAGAAGAAGCCACGUCUCCACCAGAUGGUCCAAAAGCUCCAGGCUGCUCAACUGUGUUGUCUUCCCAGUCUUCUUCGGGUGUGCAACUGCCAAAUGUGCUCGGUAAGCUUUCAGACGAAACCAAGACUGGAUUAUCUUCUAGUCCUGCUCUCAGCCGGGACAUCUUGCAAGAAAAGAAACAAGCAUUAGGAGGAUACCUCAACAUGUCAUUAGAAGCUAUCAAUCAAGCUGGCAUCUUUAAUCAAAUUAAGGAAACUGUGUGCAGCCUGGUUCAGCAUGUUCCUGAUUUAUAUGAGAGGGAAAAUCUCGAAAAGCUGAUGUCUCGUUUAGCAGAAUUCAAAGAGAGUGUCCCUGGAACUGUGAUCACUGCAGAAACUGCCCAAGUUCAAAGGAAAUCUCUACUGGGAAAGUCCAAAGAGCUCAGUGCAAGUCUAUUGGAAGAACAAGAAAAGCUCAGUUCUUUAGAAGUUAAACUUUCCAGGAUAACAGAAGAAGAGGAAAGAUUAGAGAUGGAGAUUCAGGAACUGAUCGCCAGAAAGGAAAAGCUACUAGAUAGUAAAAGAUUAACUGCAUUGCAAUUGGAAAGAACCAAUAAAAAAGCGUCCAAGGAUCAAGCAAAUUGGAAUAAGAUGGAGGAACAAAUCAAGCAAGCAAAUGACAACUACUACGAGGCAAAGGAGAAACUAGCUUUGGCCAAUGCAAGCUGGAAAUUCUUCAAGGAAUGCCUCGAGUUAUAACUAACGGCGUAUGUAAAAGCUUUAUCCUUUCAUGCCAAAAUUUUCCCAUUCAUGUCAAUUUUGUUGUCUUCAGUUCUUGGUUACUGUAUCAAGGUUAUGAAGCAAUGAAUAUGAUAACAUGGUCUGACCUGCAAAUCCAUCAAUUGAAUAACGUUUCUGCUUAAA